CUCUCCUCCUCAAACUAAAAUAAUAAUUUUAUAAAUAAUUAUUAAUAAUAAAUUCCCUUCCUCUCCCUGUUUUAUUUGUUACCAUAAAAACUGAGUUUAAUUAACUUUAUUCUCUUGCCAUCUUCAUCUUUCUCCAUCUUUUAUAUAAAAACAAGAAGAAGAAAAGAGGGUGCCUCAGCCCUCUGCUCUUCUUUUUGCACCCUUCUUAGAUCUUUAUAUACAUAUAUACAUACAGAUUGUAUUCAUACCCAUCGUCUUCUCCUUCAUCCAUUCUUUUUCACUUUCUUGUUCUGCUCUUCAGGAUGGAGAUGGAACCUGGGAAGUUGUUCAUUGGUGGAAUUUCAUGGGACACUAAUGAAGAUCGUCUCAAGGAAUAUUUUCAAACGUUUGGUGAAGUGGUGGAAGCUGUGAUUAUGAAGGAUCGAACAACGGGUCGUGCUCGUGGGUUCGGUUUUGUUGUUUUUGCUGAUCCUGCUGUUGCGGAAGGGGUGGUUAAAGAUAAACAUAUGAUAGAUGGCAGAACUGUGGAAGCAAAGAAGGCUGUUCCUAGGGAUGAUCAGCAAACUCCGAAUAGGAUCAGUGGCAGUGUUCAAGGUUCGCCGGUACCUAUCCGCACCAAGAAGAUAUUUGUAGGAGGUUUGGCAUCCACAGUCACUGAGAGUGACUUUAAGAAUUACUUCGAUCAAUUUGGGACAAUAACGGAUGUUGUGGUAAUGUAUGAUCACAACACCCAGAGGCCCAGAGGGUUUGGAUUCAUCACAUAUGAUUCGGAGGAAGCAGUAGAUAGGGUGCUGCUUAGAACUUUCCAUGAGCUCAAUGGUAAAAUGGUCGAGGUUAAGCGGGCUGUUCCCAAAGAAUUAUCUCCAGGAUCAAUUAGGAGUCAGCUAAGCGGGCAAAACUAUGGUCUGAGCAGAGUAAGCAAUCUACUUAAUGCCUACACUCAGGGGUAUAGUCCAAGCCCAGGUGGAGGCUAUGGACUAAGAAUGGAUGGUAGGUUUAGUCCAGCUGCUGUUGGCCGCAGCGGAUAUUCUUCAUUGAGUUCUGGCUAUGGUCUGGGAUCAUAUUUUGAACCAGGUUUGGGAUCAAAUCUUGAAGGAUCUGCGCACCUUGGUUCUAAUAUUAGUUAUGCUCGUGGUUUGGAUGCUUUCCAAAACGGGAGUCCAAAUAGGUACGGAAGUCCAGUUGGGCACGGCAUAGCUGGAACCGGCUCUGUGUUGAACACAAUGAACUGGAACACAUGGGGAGAUGGUGGUCUUAAUUAUACCAAAAACUUAACUAAUUCUGCUGAAUUUAUGGGUUCUGGUAGCGCGAAUACUGGGUUAGUCAAUGCACUAGGUAAUAUUGGAGCCAUUUGGGGUUCCUCGCCCAUAUCAGGUCAGGACAGAGGCAUCGGUUCUGCUUUUAGCAAUGAGAACAUUAACUAUGGCAAUGCUGAGAACAGUUUCGAAUUAGGUGGAUUGGGUUAUGCAAGGAACACUAGAGGCAAUAUGGCUCCAUCUCCAAUAUCAUCUUUUGGUGCUGCAAAUAGUGCUUAUGAAGGUUCCUUUGGUAACUUUCAUGGCAGUGGUUCAGUCUUUGGGGACACGACUUGGCGUUCAGCAUCUCCUGAUCUCGAGGGCCCUCGAACUUUUGAUUAUGAUCUCCGGACUGCAGUUUCUGAGGUCACACCUAAAAAUGCUGUUGGUUAUGUUGGUGGUUAUAGUGUUACUAAUAGAGCAAAUAGAGGAAUUGCUACCUAGGAAGAUUAUUAUGUCACUACGUUAAGUAGGUAUAUCAGGUGAAUCAAUAUGGAGAACUGUGAAUUACUCAUUACUCAGCUUGGAGAUAUGUCAGUUUAGAAGUACAUUUAGGGACCUGUUUAUAGAGCUCAAUAGCUCAUCAGAGAGCAUUUUACUAGAGAUUCUGAUAUCUGCGCAGAGCAUAAGCUCAAGGUUUUUUCAUAUUAGAUUUUCUUUUGGAAUUUGGUUGAGAUGUAAAAUGUGAUCGUGGCACAUGGUCAAGAACACUUGAGCAUGAAUGCAUCUCCGGUGUCGUAACAAUACGCAAAAAAAAAACAUAAAAGAUAAAAACUACUUUUUCAUAAUUCAUUUUUCCUUUUCUUAGUUGGAUGGUUGUACUUCUAGCAAAGUUGCUAGUUCUUGUCAUGUAUGCUCCUCUUGGGAUUUUAUUCAUAAGUAGAUUGUAAGAAACAUUUGGUUGGUUUACUUGUGUGAAAAAAAAAGCUUUUGGGGGAUGCAAUUAAACCCCAAAGAAUAAACGUGAUGAUGCUUAUUUACUUUUGCAUGCAA